AGCGUACCAUCUUCUCGGCAACAGAGUGUUGGCGGUGAAGGUCAUUCCUCUGGAUAUCACAGUGGAGCUACAGAAACAGAUCAUGUCCGAGUUGGAGAUCCUCUACAAGUGUGAUUCCUCCUACAUCAUAACCUUCUACAGUGCCUUCUUUGUGGAGAACAGGAUCUCCAUAUGCACAGAGUAUAUGGACGGUGGCUCUCUGGACGUAUACAGGAGGAUCCCAGAACAUGUGUUGGGUAGGAUCUCUGUGGCGGUUGUGAAAGGCCUAACCUAUCUAUGGACCCUGAAGAUUCUUCACAGAGACGUCAAGCCUUCCAACAUGCUGGUCAACACUAGAGGUCAAGUGAAGCUCUGUGACUUUGGAGUCAGCACGCAGUUGGUGAAUUCCAUCGCCAAGACGUAUGUGGGAACGAACGCCUACAUGGCACCGGAGAGGAUAUCUGGGGAGCAAUAUGGUAUCCAUUCAGACGUCUGGAGCGUGGGCAUCUCCUUCAUGGAGGUGAGUGCAGAGUGCAGGCAUUUGUGUGUGUCUGUGAUUGCAGAGUGCAGGUGUUUGUGUGUGUGUCUGUGUCUGUGAUUGCAGAGUGCAGGUGUUUGUCUGUGAUUGCAGAGUGCAGGUGUUUGUCUGUGAUUGCAGAGUGCAGGUGUUUGUCUGUGAUUGCAGAGUGCAGGUGUUUGUCUGUGAUUGCAGAGUGCAGGUGUUUGUCUGUGAUUGCAGGUGUGUGUGAUUGCAGAGUGCAGGUGUGUGUGUCUGUGAUUGCAGAGUGCAGGUGUGUGUCUGAUUGCAGAGUGCAGGUGUUUGUAUGUGUGUCUCUGUGUCUGUGAUUGCAGAGUGCAGGUGUGU